UAAUUGAUUUUGGGUGAAUAAAAAUGGAAUCUUUAAGUGCGGCGGAGGAGGAUUUACUCCGGCCGGUGGCCGAUCAGAGGAAGAGAAAGAGGAUGGAAUCCAACAGGGAAUCGGCGAGGCGAUCGAGGGUCAGAAAACAGAAGCAUUUGGACGAUCUGACGGCCGAGAUUUCUCGCAUGAGCAAAGAGAAUAAUCAGAUUUCGAUCAGCGUAAACGUCACCGCACAGCACUGUGUGAGUGUUGAGGCUGCAAACUCGGUGUUGAGGGCUCAGAUGAUGGAACUCACACAGAGACUCCACUCUCUGAACGAGAUUCUUGAUUUCAUCCACUGCUCCGCCGCCGCCGCCGCGGCGGAGGCGGCGGCGGCGGCCGCGGUGGGAGGAUGCGUGUUUGGGGCGGAGGGAUUUCAGCAUCAAGGAUUUGCUGAUAAUCAACAACACCCCAUUAUGGCCUCUGCUGAAAUGAUUGAUUAUUAUUGAUUAUUGAUUAUAUUCGGGAAUCUCGGAUUUUAGAAAUUACAUAUUUAUUUUGUCCAUUUGUACUUUUUUUUUUUUAUUGUUUUCUUUCAAUUAGUUAGCUGUUAGCAUAUGAAAUAAAUGGAUGAAUAGUGCUGGUUUGAUAGGAAUUGGAUGUAAUAUUCCAAUUAAAUAUGAAUUAUGGUAUGAUGAUUUGAGUGAAUAUGUAAUAAUGUUUGAUAGAA